AUGGCUACAACCCACGGCGUUGGCUCCCAAAGGGUACGCCGGCUCUCCAGCAUCGAUGCUAAUCUGGCCGAUCUCUACGGCGGGCCCAACGUGGUCGUGCCCCCGAAGCAUCUGAUGGCCUCGAGCGAUGCCCAUGAUACCGCCUUGGAAAUGGCCUUGGCCAAGCAGCACCUCGAAGAAGAAGUCUCCUCAGAGGAAGAAUCUCCACGGGUAGCCUCGCCAAUUGCCAAGACCACUCGUACGCUCACGACGGCGGAUGAGUUCGCUCUGGCCUUUGACAUUGAUGGCGUCCUUAUCAGAGGUGGCCAGGUCAUUCCGGAGGCUGUUGAUGCUAUGAAGUAUAUCAACGGUCAGAACCCCUAUGGUGUCAAGAUCCCCUACAUAUUCGUAACAAAUGGCGGAGGUAAAACCGAAGAAGAACGCUGCCUGGAUCUCAGCCGGCAGCUCGAAUUGGAGGUCUCCCCCGGCCAAUUCAUCUGCGGCCACACCCCCAUGCGGGAAAUGGCUGAGAAAUAUCACACCGUUCUCGUCGUUGGAGGUGAGGGUGAGAAAUGUCGCAUUGUGGCCGAGGGAUACGGCUUCCAGGACGUGAUCACCCCCGGCGACAUCAUCAAGACCCGCCAUGAUACGACGCCGUUCCGAAGACUGACCGAGGAAGAGUACAACAACUCCCGGGUCCGCGACUUCAGCAAAACACCUAUUGAUGCGGUCUUCGUUUUCGCCGACAGCCGGGAUUGGGCGGGAGACCAGCAAAUCAUCCUGGACGUGCUCAUGUCUCAGAAUGGGUACCUAGGUACCCGCUCCAAGACGUUCAACGAGGGCCCGCCAAUCUUCUUCUCGCACAACGACGUGGUCUGGUCGACAUCCCACGAGCACUCCCGCAUCGGCAUGGGCGCCCUCCGGGCCUCGCUCGAGGCCCUCUACAAGGCCGUCACGGGCAAGGAACUGACCACCGUCGCGUUCGGCAAGCCCCAGCUGGGCACGUACGAGUUCGCAACCCGCCUCCUCCGCCAGUGGCGCAAGGACACCCACGGCAUCAACAAGGCUCCUUCCACCGUCUACUUCGUCGGCGACACGCCCGAGUCCGACAUCCGCGGCACCAACGACUUCGACCGCGUCAGCGACAAUCACUGGUUCUCCAUCCUCGUCAAGACGGGCGUGUACCAGGAUGGAACCAUCCCGCGGUACCCGCCCAAGAAGACCUGUGACAAUGUCUUCGAGGCCGUCAAGUUCGCCGUGAACCGCGAGAUGGCUAAGCAGAUUAGCGAGUCGGCCAUUGUCGACGACGUGGAUUCCGGGAUAGACUCGGAGUCGGCCACGGCUUGA